AUGCCUUUCUGGCCAUCGCCAUACCCUUACACCGUACAAACCUCCCUCAUCCUCUUCGUUGCCCCAGUGAUAGCCUUCGUAUGCCAUAGGGCGGUCUCAAUCCUCAAGGCCAAGCGGGCCAUUGGGUUCCACCCUGGCGAAGUAUUUUUCCUUUUCCCGGGGGGCGUCAUCUCCAACUUUGUUAUGCCCAGCGUUCGAUGGCUGAGUGCGGGAAAGAAUUAUCUUUUCGUUAACAAGUUCAAGAAGUACGAAGAUUUCGGAAGUUCCGUUUACUCAAUAGUACGCUCUGUGCCCAAGGGACAGCUGGGCCUGGAGGUGACUUCCGCUCGUGCAAAGUUCCCAAAGGCCAUUGCCCUUUACAAGUCCCUUCUAUUCUUUGGCCAAAACAUCGUGGCCUCUGAGGGGAAUGAAUGGAAACGGUACAGGAGAAUAUCGGCUCCCGCAUUUUCUGAGAAAAACAGCAAACUCGUCUGGGACGAGACUGUCCGAGUGAUGGAUGGCUUGUUCGACCUGUGGGAUGGUCGAGGGGAGCGAAAAUUAACUGUGGACCACUGUUUGGAUAUCACUUUGCCCAUAGCCUUAUUUGUUAUUGGUGCUGCCGGCUUUGGCCAGCGGAUGCCUUGGACAGAAACCGACAGGUGCCCAGAGGGACAUCAAAUGACAUUCAAGGAAUCUCUGCAACGAGUAGCGCACGACGUCUUUGUCAAGCUUGCUGUCCCAGAGUGGGCAAUGGGGCUGACGAAGCGCACCCGAACUGCCCGAUUGGCUUUCAAGGAAUUAGACUUGUACAUGAAGGAGAUGAUCCACGAGCGUCUGUACGGAGAAAAGGUGGAACGGAAUGAUCUGUUCAGCAUUCUUCUAGAAUCAAACAGCGACGCCAGCAUCGAUGCGCUCACAGAACAGGAGCUAACAGGAAAUAUUUUCAUGUUCCUCAUCGCCGGCCACGAGACGGCUGCCCAUACACUUUGCUUCACCUUCGCCCUUCUUGCCUUGUACCCAGAGGAACAAGAGCUGUUGUUCCAAUCAAUCAAAGCUGUAUGUCCGGAUGGAGAAAUCGCCUUUUCCGACAUGCCGAAAUUGACCAGGGCAAUGGCAGUAUUCAAUGAAACAAUGCGUCUUUUUCCCCCGGUUACCAACAUACCCAAAGAAAGUGCUGAAGACACGACGUUAACCCUGACAAAUGACUUUGGAGAAAGGGUGACUAUACCGGUCCCCAAAGGCACUCAAAUUGCCAUCAACACUGCAGGCCUCCAUUAUAAUCCGCGCUACUGGGAAGACCCGCAUGAAUUCAAUCCGGAUAGAUUCUUGCAGGAAUAUAACAAGGAUGCUUUCUUGCCCUUCAGCUCCGGUGUCCGGUCUUGUCUUGGAAAGAGGUUCUUCGAAUGCGAGGGCAUCGCUACGCUCACCAAACUUGUGAGCCGAUACCGGAUCUCGGUCAAGGAGGAACCACAGUAUGCCUACGAGACGUUCGAGCAACGGAAAGAGAGGGUGCUAAGGAACAAGCCGGGUAUCACGGUCACGCCAAUUCGAGUCCCUCUUGUAUUCACGAGGCGGGACUGA